ACGAAUCUUAGAAUAGUUUUCUUCAAUAUACCUGAGUGGAAAUAUAUUAUAUUAUUCACACACGAUAAGUUGAUAUGGAUAUAUUAGCAUGAUGUGGCGACUGAGAUAGGAAAUGGUAAUGCUAAACGAGGAAUCUGUUCAGGGUGAAAGGAAAUACACAUUAAACAUAAUCUGUAAAUCCUAAUAACCCUCAUUGAAACUCAAUUACAACCAAGAACUGAAUCACUAUUGUUAAAAUGGUUUCGUUAUAUAAUCCAACUCUGGCAUUCGACUUAAACUCAAGAACUUCCUAAGCAUCACCUUUUCACAGUCACCAAAAUUUUCUAAGAAACACUAGGAUCACAAAUGCACCUGAACAUUACAUGGAAUGAAAGCAUAUCAACAACUCCACUACUAACUUGAAGGCGAAUAAAUUAUGCUAUACUGGAAUAUCACGAUAAGUUCAUCACACACACCCGUAUCAACACUAGGUUUCAAGAAAUACUUGUCGUUGGCCAAGACUGAGUUGAUCAUCAGAAUGUAUAUUAUUGAUAGAAAAACAUUAGUACAAUGGUUCCGUUAUCUAAUCAAUCCCUGGCAUUCGAAUUAAGCAGAAGAACUUCGAGUCCAUGAAUCACCCACUAGUCAAAGACUUUUCGGAAACAUCAAAAAAUUUUCUAAGAAACAUUAGAUCACGAAUGCAACUGAAUAUCACAUGCCAUGAGUGCAUAUCAACAGCUCCAUUACUGAUUUCAACACAAAAUAAACUAUGCUAGACCGGAAAAUCUCGAUAAGUUCAUCACACACUCUCUGUUCAACACUACAUCAACAGAAUGUACAUUAAUCUAAAACCUAAGAUAAAACACAAACUCCAAUAACAUAAUUUCACAGGCAAAAUUCCAAGAAAGGAGUUCAUGACAAAAUGUAUCCGCCAUAUGGACCCUGAAAAUAAAACUUUCCAGCCAUGGUAUAGACGCGAUAAGCUCUCGCGUGUUUUAAAGUGAAACACGCAUAUUCCUCUCGCGUGUAUUAAAGGAAAAACGCGUCUUCUUCUCGCGUGUUUAAAGAAAACACGCGACACGCUCUCGCGUGUUUAAAGCAAACACGCAACACGCUCUCGCGUGUCUCCCUUGGUUCAAAAUACGUCCAGAAGGCAGAACAGACCCCAAACACGCGAAGAGCAGCGGCGAAACCAGCGAAAAUCGGUGAAAGCAGCGGGCUAAUCCCAUAUUUAGCUCUCCCAUUCCAAUUUGAAGUGUUGUUAGGAUGUCCCGAUAUGGACCAGAAGAUCCUUCUGUUUUGCAUUAUCAGCACAGUCAUAUAUCGCGCAAGGCGUGGGCAGGCCAGGAAACAGCCUCUUUCAAUAUUCGGCGCUUUGAAGGACAUUUCUGGGAAAUCGAUAAUCAUCACAGACGCGUGAUUGAUUAUGUCUGUAGAUUUGGUUUAGGUGGAGUACUUUUCUGUGGUAAGGCUCUGGAUGUAGAUCAUGCGUUGAUCACAGCUUUGGUUGAGCGCUGGAGGCCAGAGACACAUACAUUCCAUCUUCCCGUAGGGGAAACUACCAUUACAUUACAAGACGUACAAGUAUUAUGGGCAUUACGUGUUGAUGGAGUACCCUUCACCGGAAAUGGGUUUUGUGAAUCUGGGUGGAGGGGUUUAUGUGAAGAGCUCUUGGGCUUCUAUCCCCUUCAAAGCGAGAUGAAGGAAAACGGUAUCUUGGCAUCCGCGCUAAUACAUAGGAUGGCGAUUGAACCGUUAGGAGAUGGUCUCGAAGACGAAGCCUACAUUCAACGGGCACGUAUGAUUGUGCUUGUGCUAUUGGGAGGGUUGAUCUUACCCGACGGCUCAGGGUGUAAGAUACCUCUCAUGUGGUUGACCCAACUUCGAGAUGUAGAGGCUGCCUCUAUGAUUAGUUGGGCGAGUGCUGCACUUGCUACAUUAUACCAUAAUCUGUGUGAGGCGUCUAUGGGCAAAAGGUCAGACAUUGGAGGUCCGACGGUGCUCCUACAGCUUUGGGUGUGGGAGAGAAUGCCCACUUUGAGACCGGAUUUUGUAGCGGCACGUAUACAUACAAACAACACUCCAUGUGCCUUAAUGUGGACUGGCUCCUAUAUGAUAAACAGAGCCCCCAAACAUUCGGUUCGACAUUAUCGUGAACAGUUGUCAUUACUCCAAAAUAACCAGUUUAUUUGGAUGCCCUACGUGGACCGUCAAUUGCCAGACUCCUGCCUCGAUAUGAACAACAGUUGGAGAUCUGUGACGUACAUUGUGUGUUGGGCUAUUGUAGAAGCACAUGAACCUGAACGCGUGGUUAGACAAUUUGGAGGCACGCCGUUCAUCCCGGAAUUGCGUGAUUGGGGUUUCAAUGAAACUCACUUCAAAACCAAUCGGCGUGGAAAGGCUAAGACGAACUGGGCUGUGCAGAACAAGGCCUACAUCCAAUAUUGGGAGAGAAGGUCUGAGUUCGUUACUAACGCUUACAUGGAGCCUCUUGCAGACCACAUGCAGGUGAUGAGGACUCGACAAUACAUGGAGUGGUAUUUUAAAAUUACCAUUACAUAUAUCACGCAGCCGGGUAGGCUUCCAGAAGUAGGGAUGAACACUGUUGCAUCAGCAUCUACAGUCCAGGUGUCUCUUUCCACACAUCAGCCUUCAUGGCAUUUAUAAUGCCUUGAUGUCUGUCACUUAUUAUGCACACUUCCUGGUCAUGCUUUAUAAUAUGCACUCUCACAAGAUUCAAAAACCAACUCCAACUCUCGUUUGUUUCUUCA